ACAAACAAGAAAGGAACCUCCUUUUCCACAAGCAGAGAGAGAGAGAGAGAGAGAGAAAGAGAAAGAGAGGGAGAGAGAGAGAGAGAGAGAGAGUCGUCGGAAUCUAUCUUCCUCCCUCCCUCCCUUCUGCCGUCCGUCUAUUCUCUUUGUUCUUCUAAAACCUUCCCGAGAAAACACCAGAACACCUAACUGAAACCGAAGGAAGGAAAUUUUUAGAAAAUAAGUAAGCGAGAAGGAAAAGCAUUCUGAGAUUUCAUUUCAAUUUUUAUUAAAUUAGAAAAAAAAAAUUGUGAAUUUCUGGGCUAUGAUGGAGUUGGAUGGUAUCGAGUGUGUGUCAUCCUCUGAUGGGUUUGACGAGGAUGAGAUCUAUCAGCACCAUCAAUUUUCUUCAUCAAAGUCUCGCAACGCCACCGCCAAUUAUAAUAAUAAUAAUAAUAUCAAUAAUGUCAUCGGUUCAACUGCAAUCGCUCCGGCCACCAAUGUCCAUGAGUUGCUAGAAUGCCCUGUUUGCACCAAUUCCAUGUACCCACCAAUUCACCAGUGUCAUAAUGGCCACACACUGUGUUCCACCUGUAAAAUAAGGGUACACAAUAGGUGCCCCACUUGUCGACAGGAGCUCGGAGAUAUUAGAUGUUUAGCACUAGAAAAGGUGGCCGAGUCACUUGAAUUGCCAUGCAAAUAUUGCAACUUGGGGUGCCUGGAAAUAUUUCCAUAUUACAGUAAACUUAAGCAUGAGGUAGUUUGCAACUUCAGGCCAUAUAAUUGUCCAUAUGCUGGAUCAGAAUGCUCUACUGUUGGAGAUAUUCCUUUUCUAGUGUCUCAUUUGAAGGACGAUCACAAGGUGGACAUGCACACUGGAUGCACUUUCAAUCAUCGUUAUGUGAAAUCAAAUCCCCGGGAGGUGGAGAAUGCUACUUGGAUGCUGACGGUAUUUAAUUGUUUUGGGCAAUAUUUCUGCCUGCACUUUGAAGCCUUCCAGCUAGGGAUGGCCCCUGUUUACAUGGCAUUCCUUCGUUUCAUGGGGGAUGAGGCGGAGGCUCGUAGUUACAGCUAUAGCCUGGAGGUAGGAGCUAAUGGGCGGAAACUCACAUGGGAAGGUGCUCCGAGAAGCAUCAGGGAUAGCCAUCAAAAGGUGAGGGACAGUCAUGAUGGUCUGAUUAUUCAAAGAAAUAUGGCUCUUUUCUUUUCUGGAGGUGAUAGGAAAGAACUUAAGCUUAGAGUUACUGGAAGGAUUUGGAAGGAACAACAGAAUCCUGAACCCAAUGCCUGCAUGCCAAACCUCUGCAGCUAAGAUCUUUUUCUUUAGCCAUCUCUGUGUGUGUAUCAUACUAUUUUGUUUUCUUCAAACCUAUGCUUGAUAAGCCAAAAAUCAUCAAAAUGGCAAGUUGCUUGCUCUUUUUUUUU